CAAAACCAUCGCGACGAUGAUGAUUACUGUAUUUUACGCAGGACUACUAGGAGGCGUACGUUUGAACUCAGUGCAGAAGUUCAACACUAAGUGAAGCGAGAUUGAUGGUGUUUAUGGCCACAACAAUCUCCAACAUCAUGAUCCCCUGAAUCAAAUCAAUCUAAUGUAGUUUCAUGCUGUGAGCUUUCUAGGGAUUGAAUGUGUUGUGAAUAGAAGCUCUGUGAUCUUUGCUGCAUCGUCCUUAUUUGACACCGAUCUGUAAUUACAGUUAAUGCAUCCUCCGCCUGCUUAUUUUCAUGUUGGGUCUUGAAGGACCUGCAGGAUCCAAAUUCAAGCCUCCAGCUCGGAGCACGAUGAAAGUCAUAGACAGAAAAAAAAACGCUUGAAACAGGUCACGGCUCUCCCGCUGAGGUUUAGUAAAGCUCUGGUUCACAGCCAGUUUGUUUUGCUGGGAGUCGUGGAAAACAUUCAGCUCCAUAAUCAGAAAAUCCUGUUGUAGUUUCUGCUCAAUUCAGUCACACACAGAGAGAGAGAAGAAGAAGAAGAAGGUUAGUGUGUUGCUGAUCUGACUCCUGGACCUGCAGACUGUUACAGCUGGCAGACGUUCAUCUUUUCAAAACUCUCCCACCGUUCACACAAUCCAUCCUCAUCGUCAUCCCUAAACCUGCCAAGACACAAAUACUGUAGCCAUACACACACACACACACACACACACACACACACACACACACACACACACACACACACACACACACACACAGAUGCACUCAAGAACACACGGACUGAACCGUUUUCCAAAAGCCAUGUCUUUAUCUUUCCAUCUUAAUUCACUUGAAUCAAUCCAUCUCUCAGUUUUCAGCCAAGUCUAGACACAAACCUGAUAACACACACCACACAGGAGGGCUGUCACGGCACCAGAUUUUCUAAAACUAGGACACAUUACCAGUAAAAUUUCAAACGACAUUAUUGCCUAUUCCGUUACCAUAGCAACAAAAAUAAAAAAAGUCCUUGGCACCCAAUGAAACCCAAAAAAAAAUGACUUCCCAACUCGCAAACUGGGAGCAUCAGAGGAGCACAUGAAUGCAGCAGAACACUGCGUUAGGAAAAAAAAAAAUUUCACUGAUUGGUCACAGGAAAGUAAAAAAGCAAAUCAUUUAUGCCACAAUAUUUUGGUUAGUUUGGACGUUAUGAGCCUGUGGUUCUACAAAACGAUGACACAACGUCAAUUACAACUAACUAGUUUCAACGUAGUGUUUAGUGUGACCUUUACGACCAUAGCUUAAAACACAGAUUGCACAGAGACGCUGCAACAGGCCACAGGACUUUUAGGAUUAAUCCAGAGGUCAGGUUGUUUCUGGAACAGCUGUAGAUCGUUCCUCUUCAUACUUAUCUAAAUGAAACAUUGUAAGUCUGUUGAUCUGUCGAUCCUACGCUGCACAAACUACAUGCGGCACACCUCAGGGAUUAAUUCUGGGUCCCUUUACUCUUUGUUUACUUCCAUUAGGUCAUAACAUUUUGGUUUCACUGUUUUGCUGACGAUACACAGUUCUCUCAUCAAAACCAUAUGAAUGCAAAGAGCUGGCCGCACUACAAAGUUGAUGUAAGAGAUUGAUGGUCCCAAAAUUUCCCUCAGUACAACUCAAUCAAGGACAAAGACGCUUAUCAUCGGCCCCGAGGCACCUCUGAAAUUCGUUUAGUGUAGGACCUCCCUGAUGCUCUUGUUUCUGAAUUAGACCAAAUCUCCGCCGGUGGAAACAACUUGAACAGGACAAGUGGAGGCUGUUACAUUAAUGACACGGUGUUGGAUUCAUGUGGAUGUAAUCUUCUGGUUUCUUCAUUUAGCUCCUCACCCACCGUGCUGUGACCUGAUGAUAUAAAACCCCUCUAAUGUGUGUGUGUCUGUGUCUCCUCAGUGAUCUCCUGGAGGAUUUGGAGCGGAGUCCUCAUGCUGCAGCCAUCGCAGACUGCUUUGUGGAAAGGAGUGAAGCCUUCGACAUCUACACGCUCUACUGCAUGAACUACCCCAAUUCGGUGGCCGUGCUGAGGGAGUGCAUGAAAAACAAAACGCUGGUUAGUUUCUUCCAGGAGAGGCAGGCGACUCUGAACCACUCGUUACCUCUGGAGACCUACCUGCUCAAACCGGUGCAGAGGAUCCUCAAGUACCACCUUCUUGUUCAGGAACUUUUGAAGCACUUUGACAAGAGCGACCCUGGAUAUGAGGUCGUGGAGGACGCCAUCAUCACCAUGACAGCGGUGGCGUGGUACAUCAACGACAUGAAGAGGAAGCAGGAACAUGCAGUGCGCCUACAGGAGAUCGAGUCCCUGCUGAUGAACUGGAGCGGGCCGGACCUCAGCGGGUUUGGAGAGCUGGUUCUGGAAGGUUCCUUUAAAGUCCAAAGAGUGAAGAAGGAGAGGGCGUUCUUCCUGUUCGAUAAGAUGCUGCUGAUCGCCAAGAAGAGGCUGGAGCAGUUCAUCUACAGCACGCACAUAUUCUGUUGUAAUCUGCUGCUGGUGGAGACUCUGAAGGAUCCUCUGUGUUUCAAAGUGUCUGAUCAGACUAUCCCCAAACAGCAGCACGUCGUCCAGACUAAGAACCAGGAGGAGAAGAGACUGUGGGUUCACUACCUCAAGAGACUGAUCGUGGAAAACCAUCCUGCUUCUCUCCCACAGAAGGCGAGGCAAGUCCUGGGAGACAACUUCUGUCAGUCUCCUCAGUUCGACCAGGACCACCUGAAGAAGUCGUCCGCAUCGUCGAGAUUUGAAGACAUCCACGGAUACCACAGAGGCCGGCGUCAGUCAGGUCAGGAGCCUCCAGAGCUGCUCAUGUACACACCGGAGAAGUCGAGGAAGAGUCUCCCUCUGCUGCUGGAGGGGAACCUGCCGUACAGACGCACCAGGAGACAGUCCGCUCCGGCUAAAGAUAUCGAAGCAGUGUUUCAUCCCAACGCUCUGAAGGUAAGACAGAGAUUCAGUACUUUCAUGCGUCACUGACUGUGAAAACCAACUACACACCUCAAACCCACAACAUAUUUUAAAAGUAAUCAUUUUAAUAUGUAGUUGUCUUCCUCUGCCUAAAUCUGUUCAUGCCUUUGUGGAUGCAGCCAAAGAAUACAAAUCGAGGAAGAUUAUUUAAUACAAGGCUUCUGCUGUUGUCGUAGUAUGAUUUUCUAGAAGGAAAGUAAAUAUAAGCCCCAUGAAAUGUACACACAUUAGGUGCUGGAUUACAGCUGCAGGCGCCAA